GGCCACUUAGCUUGAGAGCUCUCAGUACAAAUCUCGUAUGCCGAUCUCAGCGUUUUCGAUGUGAAGAGAAAUCAAUCGACUUAUUAAGGAUUUUUGGUGGGGACAACAAAUGAAUGAGAGGAAAAUAUGCUAGGUUGGUUGGGAUCGGCUCACUCAAAGCAAACAUGUUGGAGGAAAGGUAGUCAUCCGUCAUGGGCAUGGUCGAAUAUUUUGCAAGGAAGGGACCUUGUCCAACUCAGAGCAAGAUGGAAUGUUGGAAAUGGCCAGGACAUUUUGAUCUAUCAAGAUAAAUGGGUGCCCACCCUUUCUGGUUUUAAGGAAUUAUCUCUGGACCACCAAGACUUAUUGGAAUCCCCAUCCAGGCCCCAACCACCUGCACAACUGUAUAAAUCUUCCUGGUCUAGGCCUCCAUGCGGCAUUAUCAAGGUUAAUGUUGAUGCCUCAUUCUCACCAAAUUCGGGGGUAGCAGCUUUAACCAUGGUUGGACGUAACUCGAACGGCAAAAUCUCUUUCAGAAGAGCGUGGCGUUACUUGACGUCAACCCCACUUUCAGCAAAAGCAGCUACUCUCCUUAAAGCCGUCCGGUUUGCUGAGGAUAAAGGCUUUCAAGAUAUCAUCUUCGAAUCUGAUAAUCAGGUGUUAAUCUCCUCUAUCCAGCAAUCUUCAAAGCCUCUACCAUGGGAGGCCCAAUCCUUGAUAAUGAGUAUAAGACAAUCUUGUAUCAGUAAUCCUGGCUUCAAGUUCAAUUUUGUUCCACGCUCAGGCAACCAGGUAGCUGAUUGGGUCGCCCGCGCGUCACUUAGUGGACAAUGCCCCUUGUAUUGGGCACAUUGUCCUCCCAAUAUCCUACGUAAUCUGCUCUGUAGGGAUGUACAUAAACCUUAAAUUAAUAAUACAUUACCCAAGUUCAAAAAAAAAAAAAGGUUAAAGUUUUAUUUUGGUCUAUUUAUUUUAAUAAAAAAUCUUUUUUUAA